AUGAUUUAUUCUAUACCCAUAGAUUAUGCCUCAAUUUCAUCAACAUCAUCAGCUGAUGGGGCUGUUCUGAUAAAUUACCCAUUUGAGUUUAACAAAUCUUAUGAGCACAAGAACAUUUUGGGUUCGUGCAAUGGCUUAGUUUGCUUGAAGAUUGAGAGUUUUGAUAGAGCUGAAAAUGAAAGGGGAGAAUUAUCGCACACUUGGUAUUAUACUAUUUUGAACCCAUUAACAGGAGAAUACAAGGAUUUUUUAGGGCCGCCCAGUCAUGGUUCGAAGCCUCGGUAUUCUGAUUGCAAAAUCACCUAUGGAUUUGGUUAUGAUAGCAAUCUUGAUGAUUACAAGCUAGCAAUCGUAUCGGAUUUCGAAAAAGCUGGUUGCUUCAAAAUUGAUAUUUAUACGGUAAAAUUGAACUCAUGGAGUCAUACUCAGGGACCCCUCAACUACUCAUUUCGUUGUGGUGGAGAAAGAUCCCGAUUUCGUAAUCUUGGUAAUAAAGCAUCUUAUGGUGUGUUUUUGAAUGGAAGUCUUCAUUGGUUGGGAUUCUCGGGAAGUAUCACCACCCAAGGCACCUCGUCCGAAGUUAUAAUUUAUUUUGACAUUAGCAAUGGGACGGUAGUGAAUAUGCCAUUACCUGAAAAUCUUAUGGCGUCUUUAGAUCUUGUUGGACGAAGGCAUAUGAAUAUGGGAGUUUGGGGAGACUGCAUUUGUAUAGCAGCCAGAACUUGUGUAUGGGUGAUGCAGGAGUAUGGAGUAGAAGAAUCUUGGAUGAGAAGAUAUACCAGAACCCAACUAAUAGCAAUAGGGGAAAUGCAAGGUGAACUAAUAGGGCCCUUUGUUCCAUAUAAUCAGCCGCUAUGGUGUUUUCACAAUGGGGAAAUUCUGAUAAAUAAUUGUCGCGAGAAUUUACGUUUAUAUGAUCCAACAAAUGAAACAGUUAGAUCAGUGGUGGUUUGUGAUAUUACUAUGGACGAAGAUCGAGAGAGUUACGUGGAGAGCUUAGUCUCACUUGGCUCUGGCACUUAUAUGGAGAAACAGAUUCCACAUGGACAACGGUUAAGGUAA